ACUUUUAAUUUUUAGAUGUGUAUUGAAACCUAACAAGCUAGAGGGGGUGUUUCAAAGGGGAAAUCUUUGGAUUUUUUAUUCUCUUGAAUGAACACCAUUUGAACCCAGAGCAUUCCAUGAAAGUAGCUUAAAAAGCUCACAGAGAAAUGCAUUUGAUGGUAAAAAGGAAGGAGAAAUAGCAGCACUGUUGAGUAACCAUCUGUUGUCAUGCUUAGUGUAUGGGAAUAAAUACCUCAUCAGCAAUACCUACCAAAAGCAACCAUCACAAUGUCCAUGUCUAAAUCCAAUCCAGUGUAUGGAACAUAUUCCAUAUGGAGAGACAGGUUUAGGACAUGAGGAGCUAUGGUAUGGACACCCAUGCAUAGUUUUGAUCUCAGAGGACCCACCAGACUACAUACCCAUUAUGGUUUAUGAAGAAUUCCCAAAUAAUGAUGAUGAUGAUGGUGUUGGUCAAGAAAGAAACAUUAGGGGAAACAAAGAAAACUCAACAGAAAAGUGUGACUUUGAAUCUGAAGACAUGCAUUUUGACAAGUGUGCUGAACAGAUCUUUAGCCAAGCCAUUACCUUUGCAUUUCAUCGAGGGAAUGCUAUGAAUGAUAGUUGUAUCCAACCUGUGUCAACUUUAAUUCCAUCUUUGGUACUGACUCCUUCUAAGUAUUACAUAGUGAUGUACGAUUACAUGAAUGACAUUUUACUUAGCAGUAGUCACCAGUGUUGUUCAUGGUGGGAUGACAGCGAUAUGAUGUUCAAUAUGUCGGCUGUUCUUCAGAUGUGGAUGGUGCUAAAUUAUGUAGACUUUGUUCCUGGUUUAAGCCAAAAAGUAGAACAUGUUUUAGCUGGUAGUGGUAAUUUUCACAAUAUAUUAAAAAACAAGCAUUUGUUUCAAAAGACUAAACAUAUUUCUUGCAAAUCAAUAUUCAAUUCUCCUCAGAAAUGUAGAAAACUCAUCAAUAAGGGAGUUAGUGUUGAUCUAGAUGAGGAGGUGCAAUGUAUAAAGUUUCCUAGUAUAACUUGA